AUGAUCCGAGGUGACUCCAUGACCAUAGGUGACCCCAUGACCCUAGGUGAGCCUGUGACCCGAAAUGAUCCCGUGACCCAAGGUGACUCCGUGACCACAGGUGAGCCCGCGACCCCAGGUGACCCCGCGACCCCAGGUGUCCCCAUGAUCCUUUGUGAUCCCGUGACCCAAGGUGACCCAGUGACCAUAGGUGACCCCCAUAUGACCCCCAGGUUACACUUCCUCUUCCAUACCCUCGCCCUCUCACGUUCUCAACUCUUCUUCCUCCCUCUCACACUUCCCCUCUCACAUACUCUCACUCUCAAGGGUCACACUUUCCCUGGUAGAGAGUGUCCUCCAGGUCCUAGUCUUUCAGGUCCUACUAGUGUUCCAGGUCAUUCAGGUCCUCCUGGUCUAUUAGAUUCUCAUGCAUCACGUCUUUCAAGUCCUCCUAGGCGUUCAGGUCCUACUAGUGCUCCAGGUCCUACUAGUGUUCCAAGUCCUACUAGUGCUCCAGGUCCUACUAGUGUUCCAGGUCCUACUAGUGCUCCAGGUCCUACUAGUGUUCCAGGUCCUACUAGUGUUCCAGGUCCUACUAGUGCUCUGGGUCCCCUACCUAGUGUUCCCGGGUCCUGCAGUGUUCCAGGUCUACUAGUGUUCCAGGUCCUACUAAGUGUUCCAGGUCACUACUAUGUUCCAGGUCCUACUAGUGCUCCAGGUCCUACUAGUGCUCCAGGUCCCACUAGUGUUCCAGGUCCUACUAAUGCUCCAGGUCCUACUAAUGCUCCAGGUUCUACUAGUGCUCCAGGUCCCACUAGUGUUCCAGGUCCUACUAGUGCUCCAGGUCCUACUAGUGCUCCAGGUCCACAACAAGUCUCUCUCUGUCUCUCAGGCCAAAAGGUCGUCAAUCGCCCUUUAGCACCUGACAGAGUCGUUAAACACAUUUCACCACUUGAGAAGGCUCGUUAG